AUGGCUAUUAUUCGUUUACCAUCAUUUAUUUCCAGUGUCAAGCAAUUUCACAAACUGCACUCUGUACCAAAAGGUCAUUUAGCAGUUUACGUGGGAGAAACAGAUAAGAAGAAGAGAUACGUGGUUCCAAUAGCGUACCUGAAUCAUCCUUCAUUUCAAGACUUAUUGCAAAAAGCAGAAGAAGAAUUUGGGUUUCAACAUUCAAUGGGAGGUCUCACAAUUCCCUGCAAUGAGGAUGCAUUUUUCCAUGUCACUUCUAGAUUGAUGAACAAUUUAUGACAUGAAGAAGCAAUUAAGAUGGAUGCACCAUUAGUGACAGAUUAUAGUAGAGCUAGCUUACUUGUUUCUCAUUCAUUGAUUUUUUUUUUCCUCUUGCAAUGCAAGAGCUGUAAAUUUUUGUGCUUUGCCCUCUCAUCAAUCUUUUACUAUCAUUCAUUAUCUCCACAAAGA